CGUGGCGAAAGUCCUAACUCCUCUCCGGAGAGUACCUUUGACCGAAGACCCCCUGAUUCGAGUCGCGAACAGGGUCAAAAACCACUCGAAAACUCCAGGUCAUCAGCUAAUUAUUAUAAAAUAUGGAUUCGAGAUAAUAAGUUAAGAAAAAGAAUAAUAAAGAAAGAAACCUAGAAUAUUUAAGAGUCUUGACUAUGUCGCGCCCUUGUCCCGCGAAAGAUAGUACGCGUUGCCACCACCGCGCCAGCGCCGCAUGGGCGAAUCCGCAAAAUUCCCCACCGCGACGCAACAGGUAUGAGCGGGAACACGAGGUUCCGCCAUUAGAGUCCUUGUUGCACCGUGACACGCUCAACAUCGUCUCCGGAGAAACUCCCGGUGAGAAUCGUCCGGAAGAAUCCAGCAUCACCCCAAUCAAUGGAGAAAUCGGCUCAACGCGACUCUCCAGAGAUGCUUUGUUCCAUUUUCCCACCAGGGACUGCGCCGUGAGGACGAGCGCCGAUGGUUCAAGAAAUGAACAAGAAUAGUACAAUCAUUAGCCCCCUGGGUAGUCUAAUUUUUGAUCUACCACGAAUUGCUAAUUUUGGAAUUACCUGUCAGUUCGUCCCCAGAUAAGCUAUCACAUCAGCUGGGUGGCUAAUUUUAGUCUUUUUUGGGACUGAAAAAUAUAUAGUUUCUUUUAAAAAUAUAUUUUUGAAAUGUAUACUUUAUUUUCUUGUAAGAUUUGAAUAUAAUAUUGCACUCCAGCGAUGGUUGUAUGGAAGUAUGCAGACAUGAUAAUAAUAAUCAAAUAUUACCCUCAAUUGUCCUUGUUGUGUUUGAUAAUAUUUCAUCUCUUAAAAUUAAAUAUUUUAAAAAAGUCCAGCGAAAUCGUUCAACCAAAAUGCCUCGAUUUCCCAACAUCGGACAUCGGCCUCAGCCACGGAAUGCGAUGAGCAAAACCCGAAUAAUGCGGCGUCAAUAUCCAACCACCUGCACACGGGCAUUGACUGCAAUGGCACUUCCGACACUCGUCAAAAUUAAAAAUCAGUCUUGUCCAAGCAUCGAAAACGAGCACACCAAAGGGUAAACCCCUCGAAACUUGCAAUACCUGGUUCCCGAAUCAGUCAGUACCUCUGCCCGGCUUUUAUCUUUUGUUCCGAGUAUUGGGAAACUUAGUCAUAAAUCCGCACACCUUCGUAGUGACUGUUCCCACGGUCAGUUUCUUUAAAAGAAUUAUCUCACACGGUACCAUCCGACGGGUUGCAAAAUUAAACGUUACGGUUACAGUGUACGAUCGAGAGAGAGUGGACUCCAUUUAGAACAAACUACUACGAUAAGAAGGACAAAGAGCGGUGGAAAAGUCGGAAACAAGAGGUCAGAGCGGAGUGUGUCAGCAACUGCAAAAGUGAGUAACCCAAAUCACGCUACUUGGUAAUUUUGGGAUGUUUCAUUUUUGUCCGCCAUCUACAUCGCGAAGAUUCUGUUGAAACGUCAAAGAUAACUUGAUCCGUUAUUUUUCAGAGUUACAUAGGUAAUCACUAUCGGUAAACUUAUAAUUAUAUUGUUAAAACGACAUUGAAUAUUAUUCAGUCGUGUGAGAGUUUAUUCCAGUUUUAAUCCUCAAUCCCUUUAAUGAAACGGAUGUGCCUAGCAAGUUAAAGGUAAGGAUUCGCGCUAAACAAAAAUAAUUAUUUUAUUGCGCGGCUUUGAGAAUUAAAAUGAAUAUUUAAAGACGAAAUACCACCUCAAUUUUCUAUAUCCAACAUCGUCUUCCCAGUGUGAGAAACACUAAAGACUAAAACGUCUUUCUAUAUGUGAUCUGGGUAUUUUGCAAUAGAGGAUUGAAAAUAUAUCAAUUUUACACAGCUUUUUCGGACUUAUGACGCUGUGGACCAAACAUUCAGCCGUGGUUAAAUAUACGGUAUCAAUAUUUAUACAAAAUCAAUGAAAUAUUAACCACCGAUUUGUAGGGAACUCUGGGAAAUCCAUUGCA